UCGUGAAAUUUUUUGCAGCAUAUUGGCAGGUUGUGAGCCUCAGCUGGCCUCAGGCUUCGGUUUAUUCGCGACUACUUUCCAAAUCGUGAGAAUCGAAAUUAAGAGAAGAAAGUAGUGAAAAUCAGAAGAAAUGGCUAAAUUCACCACAACGUUUUACAAUCUCGUUCUCAAACGAACGUCUACGUUUUCGUUGGCAGUUUUAGCUUCUGUUUUCAUGUUCGAGAGAGGCUUUGAUGUUCUCGCGGAUAAGAUUUUCGACGAAGUUAAUAAAGGGAAACUGUGGAAGCACAUCAAGGAUAAAUACGAGUGAAUGGCAUCCUUUAAAGAAAGAUUACGUGUUAGUUCUUAUUAAUACAUAUGUCGCCCUCACACAUGUAAAUAAAUAAGAAAUUGAGUCAAUA